UGGAACCGAGAACCUUCUCUUGAGGCUUGUAGAUCAAUAUCACCAGAGUUCUGACGAGAGGAGGCCUAUACAGUCCGUGCCAUCACCUAAUCUGGGUCUUUUGUAGAUUAUUACUCACUGCCAAAUACAACGGUAAUCUCGGCGAUAAGCUUUCAUAGUAAACCUCAGACUCGUUUUCUCCUCGUGCUCCUACACCCAAUCUAUCAUUUAGCUCCGUCCGUAGCGACAGCAAUGGCCACGUCAGCUCCAGCGAUUCCAGACAUCGGCCAGGCCGUGGAGGAUCUCACCGUGCGAGACGCCGCGGAGAUUAACGGCAUCGCCGGUACCGCCGAUUCCUCCUCCGCCGCCGCCACCGCCACCGCUUCCGCUUCCGCUGCGGCGGGGGCUCCCGCAGUGGAUGAGAUCGAGAGCCUGUGCAUGCGGUGCCACGAGCAGGGCACGACGCGGCUCCUCCUGACACGUGUCCCGCAUUUUCGGGAGCUCGUGAUCAUGGCGUUCGAGUGCCCGCAUUGUAACGAGUCCAACAACGAGGUGCAGUUCGCCGGGUCGUUACAACCCGCCGGCGUACGGUUCUCGCUUUCCGUACCAGUCUCGGCGGAAGGAGCAGCAGAUGGAACGACGGAGCCGUCGUCCGACGUGGAGCGCCACGUGGAUUCCCACGUGGCGCUGAUGAACCGCCAAGUGGUGAAAUCCGAUUCGGCGACGAUCCGCAUUCCGGAGAUCGACUUCGAGAUCCCGCCAGAGUCACAACGCGGUACACUCACAACGGUCGAGGGUGUCUUAUCCCGCGCGCACGACGGGCUCGGCGCGCUGCAGCAGGAGCGGCGGGCCGCGGACGCCGCCGUCGCCGCCGCGAUCGACGAAUUCCUCGCGAAAUUGAAAUCCUGCAUCGACGGCUCGCGUGCGUUCACGCUCGUGCUGGACGAUCCGUCGGGUAACAGUUACAUCGAGAACCCGCGCGCUCCGGAGGCCGAUCCGCUCUUGAAGGUGGAUCCUUACGAGAGAACAGCCGAGCAGAACGAAAAGCUAGGGUUUCUUCCGGCCCCCGGGGGCGAGGGGGAAGGCGGGGAAGCGGGGAGACCGGCGGAAGGCGCUGCGACGAAGCUUCCGCAUGGGUCCGUGGGUGCGGAGCUGGCGUAUCGCGCGAUUGCCGGCGGGGAUCACGCGGACCUGGCGAGCAACGCGCUGCUGUGCGGGUACUCCGCGCCGGAGGAGGUGAUGGUGUUCCCCGCCACGUGCAGCGCGUGCGGCGCAGGUGGGGAGGGGGGGAAGGCGGAAGGUGAAAAGGCGGAAGGGGAAAAGGGGGAAGGGGAAAAGGCGGAAGGUGAAAAGGCGGAAGGGGAAACGGGGGAAGGGGACGGGGGAGCAUCGGAUGUGGACGAGGUGUGCGUGACUCGAAUGUUCGCGACGCGGAUCCCGUAUUUCAAGGACGUCAUCUUAAUGUCUACCUCGUGCGACGCGUGCGGGUAUAAGAACUCCGAGUUAAAGGCGGCUGGAGGUGUGGCGCCUAAGGGGCGGAAAAUCACCCUGACAGUCCGGAACCAGAAGGAUUUAUCCCGGGACGUAAUUAAAGCCGAGUCGGCCGCGGUUUAUAUUCCCGAGAUAGAGCUGGAGCUAGGCACUGGGACUCUAGGCGGCCGGGUGACUACAGUGGAGGGGCUUGUAACGGAGAUCGCGGACAGCUUAAAACGGAUCCGGCCGUUUGAGAUCGGGGACAGCGCGCCGGUGUGGCAGAGGGGCAAGUGGCAGGCGCUGGACAAGCAGCUGCGGGCGCUGGCUGCUGGCGAGCCCGUGAGUGUGAAGCAGAGGGAACAGACAGACGGUGCGGACGUUGCGGAUGGUGCGAGUAAGAGUGGAGUAGAGGGAAGCGCUGGAGCAGAGAAUGCUGGGGCUGGGGCUGGGGCUGGUGCUGGGGUUGGGGCUGGGCCUGAGAAUGGGUCAGCAGGAGCAGAAGGGAACCUGGCGGAAGAGGCCCCUUUGACUGAGUGGCAUCUGGUGUUGGACGAUCCGCUGGCGAACUCGUUUGUUUCGUUCGUGGGCGAGCGGCUGGAGGAUGAUAAGCAGGUGGAGGUGGAGGAGUAUGUGCGGUCGUGGGAGCAGGACGAGGAGCUGGGGCUGCACGACAUGCAGACAGGAGAGCAGAAGAAUGAGGGGAAGCCUGAGUUGGAGUCAAUCCAGGAGUGAUGCGUCUGCUGUACGCAGAUAGAGGGGGGGGGCGGGAAGGAGAAAGGAAGUGGAGUCGUGAGAGCAGGAUGAGGAGCUGGGGCUGUACGACAUUGAGACAGGGGAGCAGCAGGGGCAGGGGAAAGAACAAGUUUGAUUUAGAUUCAAUCCAAGAGUGACUGGAUUGACUGGUAGGCUGGAAGGUGGCAUGGCAACCAGGCGGAACGGAAGUGGAGUGUGGUAUAUGCGGUUGGGGGAGGAGGAGCUCGGCUUGCAUGACAUGCAGACAGGACAACGGGGAAUGAUGGAAAAGUCUGGUAUGGGAUUGAUCUUGAUGGCCACAUGGUUUUGCUAGUUCCAGGUUGUGAGCGAGUGCUGGUAUGAUAUUUGUGAGCUUACAAGUUACAUUUACUGAGUUGGUGAGGAUCUUAAGAGCCUGGUGUAUUAUGCAGAGCUGGUUGGUUCAUAUGUUCAGAAUACUGAAACUUGGAAGGGUCUAGAUAUGAAAUGUAUCUUGAUUAUUUUGUUACAUGUGUUCGUAAUAUC